AUAUGAGUAAUUAUACAUAUAAAUAUUUAAACAAGUGCAAUCUGUAUCUUCUACCACUUAUGUAAUCCAUCCCUGUCAAACAAACCAUGGCUUCCGAAACAAACCAGUCCAAGAAUGUGUGUGUAAUUGGAGCUGGACCCUCGGGGCUAUUGGCAGCGAGGGAGCUGAGAAAAGAAGGUCACAAGGUGGUUGUGUUGGAGCAGAACCAUGAUAUUGGAGGUCAAUGGCUAUAUGACCCAAAUGUACAAGAGGAGGAUCCCUUAGGAAGAGACCCUUGGCUAAAGGUGCAUAGCAGCAUCUAUGAGUCUUUAAGGUUCAUGUCUCCCAGAGAGAUCAUGGGGUCAACUGAUUUCCCCUUUUUAGUCAAGAAAGGUAGAGACACAAGGAGGUUUCCAAGCCAUACAGAGUUCCUUCUCUACCUUAAGGACUUUUGUGAAUGGUUUAAGUUGAGUGAGAUGAUCAAGCUCAAUACAAAGGUGCAUUAUGUAGGACCAUUAAAUUAUGGUGUCCCUAGUGAGGAUUUGAAAUGGGUUGUUAGAAGCAAAGAGAACAAGAGUGAGGAGGAAGUUGAACAAGUCUUUGACGCAGUGGUUGUGGCCACUGGCCAUUUCUCUAAUCCUAGAUUGCCCUGCAUUCAAGGAAUGGACACAUGGAAAAGAAAACAAAUGCACAGUCAUAUUUACAGGUCUUCAGAGCCAUUCCGCGGGGAGAUAGUGGUGGUGGUUGGAAAUUUUUUAAGUGGACAAGAAAUAUCAAUGGAACUUGUGAAAGUAGCGAAGGAAGUUCACCUCAGUUCGAAAUCUCUUAUCAUUUUUGAGGGUUUAUCCAAAGUCAUAUCCAAAAACGAGAAUUUUCACCUUCGUCCACAGAUAGACACCCUUCAAGAGGAUGGGACUGUGAUUUUCACGGAUGGUUCCAACAUUAUCGCUGACACUAUUUUAUACUGCACUGGGUACAAUUAUUCUUACCCCUUUCUCGACACCAAAGGAAUAGUUGUUGUGGAUGAUAACAGAGUGGGUCCUUUGUAUGAGCACACUUUCCCACCAUCACUUGCUCCUUCACUUUCUUUUGUAGGCAUCCCCCGAAAGAUCCUGGGGAUCACUUUCUUUGAGUCCCAAGGAAAAUGGAUAGCGCAACUACUGUCUGGGAAAAAAGUUUUGCCAUCAUAUGAGGAAAUGAUGGAAUCCAUCGAGGAGUUCUAUCAUUCAAAUGAAGUAGCUGGCAUUCCUAAACGCUACACCCAUGUGGUUGAUGCCUUUGAUUAUUGUGACAAAUACGGAGAAAAUGUUGGAUUCCCAAAGACAGAAGAAUGGAGGAAAGAGUUGUGCAUAUCAGCUGGAAUGAACGCUUUUGCCAACUUGGAGACAUAUCGUGAUUCGUGGAAUGAUGAUAUUGAUGAGAAGCUUCAGGAGGCCCUUCGAAGUCCUUACUUCACUCAACUUGAACAACUUUCUCUGUAAAACUCGAAUUAAUUAGUAAUAUCUCGUGGGGUUGUGUAACUUAUUCUUAAUAAAAAUGGAGUACAUACAAAAUUGUGAUAUGGAUUGCUAAUUUAAUCUUAUUUUUAUUUGA